AUGGUUGGAACCGGGGGCUUGUAUGCGCCCACGAUUCGGCAUCACAACGGGAUCACCUAUAUCAUCUGUACCAACGUCAUCCACGGUCCUUCUAAUGUAUUGGGCGAUGAGCGAAAUGAACAAUUUAUCAUUCACACAACUGAUAUUCGCUCGGGAACUUGGUCAGACCCAAUAGUCUUUGGAUUUCCUGGGAUUGACCCGUCUCUACUGUUUGACGACGAUGGUCGGGUGUACGUCCAAUUGUGCAAAACGGGGCCUGAGUUCCACAUCUACAACGGUGAAAUUGAUAUUACAACCGGUGCUAUGAUUGUGAAGCCCACUCUCAUCUGGAAGGGAUGGAAGAAGGGAUAUACAGAGGGCCCGCAUAUAUACAAAAAAGAUGGCUGGUACUACCUUUUGUGUGCCGAAGGGGGCACAUUUCGAUAUCACAUGCUGAGCAUGGCACGAUCGAGGAAUAUAUGGGGUCCAUAUGAGUCAUAUGAUAUGAACCCGUUGUACACAGCUAGCGGCACGACUCAAUAUGUCCAAAACACUGGACACGGCGAUCUUUUCCAAGAUCAAAGCGGGCAAUGGUGGGUGGUCAUGCUGGGGAUUCGCAUUAAGGAGGGACGAUCUAUCAUGGGACGGGAGACAUUCUUGACAACGGUUGACUGGCCAAGCGACGGGUGGCCGGCGAUUGAGUCUAUCACAAGCGAUGGGAAAUUGGGGGCAAGUUUCAACGAAGGUCAAGACUCACUUGCUGCUGCCCCUUGGGUCUAUUUGAGAGAUGCCAAGCUAGAUCGAUACCGUAUCCAGAACAGAUGCAUCACGCUGCAAGCAGACCCGGUGGAGUUUACUAGCCCGGAUGAGUCAAUAACUUUUGUUGGCCAGCGACAACGAAGACUCCAAGGCAAUACCACCGUGACUGUGUACAAGCCACAGCAAUCCACAUCAGUUCGAGCAGGGUUGGCUCUCUACAAAGACGAGCACCGAUUCUUGACAAUUGGAUAUGAUUUCCAGUUGCAGCAAGUCAUUUUCAACGGACUGAACCAAGCGAAAUCAUUCUCGCAAAGUGAGACCCAAAGUGUGGAAUUCCAAGGUUCAAUGUCUUUCAGAAUUGGCUACACCGAGACUUCCUUGCAAUUCUUCUUCCGGCAAGGUAAAGCAAACUGGCGUAAUUUGGCAACAGUUGACACCGCCAUCCUGACGGAUUACGACUUCACUGGGCCCGUUAUUGGGAUUUUUGCCAUUGGGGAUGAUGUUGCGGUGGAAUUUAGAGACUUUGCAGUUGAUACGGUGUAG